AAGUGCGUCCCCUUUGUUCUCAUUUCCACCCAAAACCAAAUUCUCCUUCUCUGAGGUCUGACCGAAUUUGCGAGUCAACAUUUUCUUUGCUCUCAAAAUCAUUUCCAUUUUUUUUCGAAAAAUAAAAAGAGAGGGUAAUCUUUCGAUUCCAGCGAGCGGGUCUUUGCAAUGAGAUUAGGGUUUUUGUCGUUCCCUCAAAGGCGGUGAUGCUUCGUAUACUAUUUCAUUGCGUGCGUUGUUGGGGGCCAGAUUAGCUGAUUGAUUAUCUAGGGUUUCGGUUUUGCAAUAUGGCCGAAGCUUCGGGACGAGUCACCAUUACGCUCGGGCGUGGUGGCCAGGUAGUAAAGAGGGGUGGUCAAGUAUCAGAUCUUUCAUAUGCUGAUUCGCUGCCUGUGGCUGGGACUAAGCGGUCCGUAAGAGAUAGAUUAGGAAGUAAUGUAGAUAGUUCAGUGUUACAUGGCAACAAACUCGACAACAAACGACAAAGAGGAGAUAUUAGUAUGCUGAGCUUGAGUGCUAAUGGUUUAAAUGGUAAUGUGCACAUUGGUAGAGAUGACCUUCGAUUUAAACUCAUGCAAAAAAAUGCAUCUAGACGAGCUGAGAGCGAUGAUGAUCAGAAGCGUGUUGACCUACGUGAGAAGUUGUCAAAGGCUCUUCGGCCCCCGGUAACUAAUGUUGAUUCAAGACAUAGCCCGCCGGAACCAAAGGACACAGGUUUCUUGGGCCGAAUUCCUUCUACAAGAAGUGUGGAUGAUUUGCCUGUGAUGAACUCAAUGAGACGUCCUUAUUCUACAUGGACUUUGGAUCAUUUGAGACGAAGAUCACCUGAUAGAGCUCGAGGUAUAGGUACUUCUAGGGGUCUCUCUCCACCUAGGAACAUGGAAGAACUACAAAGAAGGCCAUUGAACAGGACACAUGAUGAUGUAAGAUUGGUUCCAUAUAUGAGAAAAGAUGUUUUUGAUACUUCAGGACCUAUGAGUACUGCAACUUUCAUCGCAAAACCUGCAAUACCUCCCGCACCUGCCAUGCCACUGCCCCCUCCUAUUGGACAGCAUCCUCCACCAACUGGAAUUGUACAAAAAAUUCCAUACGCGGGUGAUGAACAGCAAACUGUUGAUGGCGUGUUACACUCACUGGGAUUGGGAAAGUAUGCCAUUCUCUUCAAGGCUGAGGAAGUGGAUAUGGCUGCAUUGAAGCAGAUGGGGGAAAACGACUUGAAAGAACUGGGGAUCCCUAUGGGGCCUAGAAAAAAGAUUCUUCUUGCUCUUACGCCUCGAUCGAAACGGCAACCAUGACAGUUACACUUUUGAAGCAAGAUUAGUCGGUUUCCUCUGUUUUUGUGAUGUGGAGGAACUAUCAGGCAUUUUUUUUUGUGUAAUGAAUAUUGUGUAGCUCAAUUUGGGUUUGAAAGUGGUCCUUGAAUCAGUUCUCACAUUUUUGCGCUCAUAGAGCAAUGUUAAUUAGUAUUAAUAGAUUUUGGUUAGAAAAUUUGGGAUAUAGAUUUUAUUUUUAUUUUUUUCGUUUCCCAUUCUUAA